CUUCAACUUUGACCACAUUGGUGCUUCAUUACAUCAAGUUUAACACUAAACUAAACGACUGACAUCAUGGGACGACUGGCGGAAAUGCAGAGGAAGCUCCUCGAGCAAAUGAUGGGCCCUGAGGCAAUGGGAGUAGCCAAUGCCAACCUCGUCUGGUCUGACGACAAAGUUUGCCGAAACUUUCUGUGCGGCACAUGUCCGCAUGCACUUUUCACAAACACUAAAAUGGAUCUUGGUGCAUGCCCAAAAUCACACACGGAGCGAUUGAAGACAGAGUUUCUGGCAGCGAAAGAGGCAACCCCAAGUGACCCUAUAUUUGCUCGUUUCCAAAUGGAGUAUGAGUCGAACAUAUUUGCCUUUGUGGACGAGUGCGACAGAAGGAUUCGGGCUGCGCACCGAAGGCUGGAGAAGACACCAGAGGAGAACGCGAAGACGACUAAUUUGAUGCGGGAAAUUGCUGAAAUUGAGCUGGCUAUUCAGGGUGGGACUGAGAAGAUCGAGACCCUUGGUGAACAAGGGAAGGUAGAUGAAUCAAUGAGGGAGAUGGCCGCCAUUGAAGCUUUGAAGAGCGAGAAGUCAGAAAAGGAGCGCGAGCUUCAACAACUCACAGAUACGUCCGGAGCUUCCGGACAUCAGAAACUUCGGGUCUGUGACGUUUGCGGUGCAUAUCUUUCCGUACUCGACUCCGACCGGCGCCUCGCGGAUCAUUUUGGAGGGAAGAUGCACCUUGGCUAUCACGAGCUGCGAAACAUGCUAGGCAAGUUUCGAGAAGACCGUGAAAAGCGGAAAACGGCACCUGCGUCUUCUGUUCCUGCCUCUGGCACAGCCGGGGGUGCAGGCAAACCAGGUGGGGACCGAGGGGGCGAUCAUCGGUCAUCACGUGAUGAUCGUGAACGUGACCGAGGGUAUGAUAGACAUGCAUCUCGAUAUGAUGAUCGUCGGAGAGAUCGUGAUCGGUCUCGAUCGCCAGGCCGCAGACGAUACUGAUUCAGCACGGGUGUUGAUUACGCUUGGAAAGGGUUUGGAAUGCACUGUUUCUGAAGGGGGAUAGGAACCAAACAUGAGUUGCAUCGUGGAUCCGGUGAGGCGCCGAACUUUGAAGACGGUUGCGGUAUGCUUCGAAGGGUCGAGACUUUAGGACUUUCCGCAGCAGGUAGUUGAAUGCUAUAUAGAAACGUGAACGUGGAUUUGUCCGCCCGCGACUAAGCCUACUUAGACGGUAAGAGUCGGAAGACCCAAGGAAUUGGCUCAAUAGUAGUUGUAAAUUGAUUUCGGACUAUUCCAAAAGUAGAUAAACCGAAUAUUAGGUAUAACGAUUUAUUUUGAUUAUAAUUAUGUUUUUGUGCCUGUGA